AUGUACCGGUCGGCGUGCGAGCAGCAGGGAGGAGUGGCGCUGCAGCGAUAUUCGUCUCUGUCCAAGAUGAGCCCCUGCUCGGAGGCGGGGAAACCCUGUAACCCCUGUCUGGACGCGGCGAAGGCGUGCAACCUGAACGAGACGUGUAAACGCCUUCGCUCCGCCUACAACUCCAUCUGUAGCAAGGCCACGCCCCCUCAGCCCUCUCUGGCCAAUCAGGAGCCGUGCAGCCGCAAACGAUGUCAGAAGGCGCUGCGUCAGUUCUUCGAGCGGGUCUCAUGGGAGCUGAGCUACCCCCUGCUGUUCUGCUCCUGCCCGGACCAGGCCUGCGCCGAGCGCCGCCGCCGCACCAUUGUCCCCUCCUGCUCCCACCAGGAGCGCCACAAGCCCACCUGCCUGGACCUGCGACGCCUCUGCCGCUCCGACGCUCUCUGCAGGUCUCGACUCGCUGAUUUCCACAUGAACUGCCAGGUGACGUCUCACACGGUCACCAGCUGUCCUCAUGAUAACUACCACGGCUGUCUCAUGUCCUACGUCGGCCUCAUCGGCUCUGAUGUAACGCCCAACUACAGCGACAGCAGUCCCUCCAACAUCACCAUGAGCCUGUGGUGUACCUGCAGGGGCACCGGCAGUCAGGAGCGCGAGUGUGACGCUUUCCACCGGGACUUCACGCACAACAGCUGCCUCAGCACCGUACCCGACCUCCAAAGGCCUGUCAGCCAAGACAGCACAACAACGUCCAGAGCCUUCAGCAUCUCAGGGCAAAUCUCAUCCACACCUGGGGCCUUGCCACCAAGAAGCUUUUUGACUACCUCAGCAAUUUCUUCCAAAACUAUAGAUGACAAAUGCCCCGAGUCUUCAGACUCACAGGGCACACCCUCACCCAGGGUUCAGGAGUUCCUCAAAGUGUUCCUUCGACCGCUCAACAAUGUCCCCAGUGUGGGUCCCCAGUUGUCCUCUCCUGCUGAGCACAGCCUGAGACAAGCCCUGCUUUCCCUUCCGGAGACGUCUCACGGUCAGUUCACCUCCCAGAAGUCAACCUUUGCGGUUGCUGUACUGUUCUGCACCAUAUGUGCUGGGGGUGGACGAGAGAACAUGCAGGGAGGCAGCAGCUUCGGGCGACCGGCGAACAUGUGGUCAAUAGAUGAUCUUUGCAUCAGAAACAGUGGGCAGCAGCUGGUGGCUUCACUGGGACUGGAUCCUGUCCUCAAGGGUAACGAGGGAGGACGGAGGAGGGGCACGCUGAGACCGGCUCUGCUGGCUCGGGGGUCAAUAGACUCUCAGGACUCUGCAGGACCGAAGAGCAGCAGCCGGCAAUCAGCUCCACUUCUCCACCACGUCUCUGUGACUGUGUGUGUGUCCAUCCUGCCAACAUUUCUACUCCUCAUCUCAUAAAUACACACACACUGUAAAAACACACACACACACACACACACACAAACACAAACACAAACACACUCAUAAAUGGCAAGACCCGGGGAAUGGCACGUGACUCGUCGCCCCUUCGCUGCGAGAAAAUGUCAACCAACAGACAUCCAAACAUCAACAACAGGCAAUCGAGGAGGGAGAGUGUUCUGGAGGACGUUCAGAUUAGCCGUUUCGCCACACACACACACACACACACACACACACACACACACACACACACACACACAGGGCAAAGAAGAGGAAGUGUGUUUUGUGGAGAGAAAUAACAAAGGCAGCGAUAGAGAGAGACUCUCGGGAUUUCGGAUCACAGUGACUUCAUUUCCAUUGCUCCCUGUCUGGAGGGUUUGUGUGCUUAUUGGGCAGCCCAGCUCUGACUCACUCCCUGCAGCUUUUUUGGACCUGAGACAGCUGGACUGAAAACACAGUGCGCGCACACACACACACACACACACACACUCGGACAACAAGUUUUAAAAGCGAGACAGACGACGAGCUUCCCAGGCUGGACAGAUGGGACAGAACCUUCCACGGUGUUUGUCAGCUCCAUUUAUCACUCCCCUGGACUUCUCUGGUGGCAACUUAUCUAUACCACAUACAUACAAAGCACACACACACACACACACACACACACACACACACACACACACUGUCGCCGUCCCCUUAGACCUCGUUAGCGGGCAAACAGGGUCCCCACACGGACACAAACACUCAUGCUGUACACCAGUGUGCUUUUUGCGGGUCUUUAUCUUAAUUUUGUUGUCGACAUUCUGUAUAAACUUCAUUUAAUGUGGAAUAUGAACAAAGUCCAUCUGACGAAAUCUCAACGGGAGAGUGUAUAUUUCACAUUCUGUAAGUGUAUAGUUGUGUGAGUGCAUGUUUGUGUGUGUGUGUGUGUGUGUGUGUGUGUGUAUGGCUGCAAAGAAAGGAUUCAGAUAUUAUAAGCAACUGAAGGACGACAUGUGAAACUGAAUCACUGCCGAACACUUGCUGUAGUUUAAGUGUUCUGACAGAAAACUAGACUUCUGCACCUCCCCCUGGUUCUGUUAUAUCCUUCAGAAAAUCAACUCUUUCGACUCAUUUCAGAGAAAGGACGCUUCUAUCGCAGCAUUGGGUCGGGGCCGGGUAUUUUUUAGCGGCAAGCAGCAGUUGAAUCGGAAGACAAUGAACAACUCGGCAUCAGAAAGAGCAUUCUGCAUCACCUGAGGUUUGAACUCAAAACCUCAGACAACAAGUCAGUAUCCCAGCGAACUCCAUGCUGAGAGAGAAACCGGAGACGCUUCACACUGACGGAGCCGACCAGCAGGGGGCAGGAUAUCAGCUGUCUGUGCAUGGAGAGGCAGAUUUCAAACUGCUGCCAAAAAUUCACUCAUCAAGACUAAACUGUAAAUCUGCAGACUUCAUCCAGACAGCAGAGAUGUUGAUCAUUAGUUUUUACAAAGAUUGAUUUGAUCCUUAAGUGAAAAACGGAUGUUUAAAGACGCCAU